CGUGCAUCCUCCCUCAUUCUCGAUUUCUGACACCGCUCAUCCUGCACGGCGGCUAUGGCUUCCUCCGACUCUUCAUGCUACACUAUAGUGCAGGAGAACGUGGCGGAGUACCCCUCCGCUUCCGACCUACGCUCGGCAUUACAGAAGGGAUCGGAUGAUGUUAAAAUUGACACGUUACGCAAAAUUAUCAUCUCUACUAUCAAUGGGAACCCUCAGCCCACCCUAAUGAUGCCCAUUAUCCAAUUCGUCAUGCCUUCUCGGAAUAAGCAGCUCAAGAAGCUACUGCACUUCUAUUGGGAGGUCUGCCCCAAAUACGAUGAGACCGGGAAGUUGAAGCAGGAGAUGAUUCUCGUUGUCAACGCGAUCCGGAACGACCUGCAACAUCCUAACGAAUUCAUUCGUGGCGCGACUCUCCGAUUCCUCCAGAAGAUCUCGAAAGAUGCAGAAUUGCUCGAGCCCCUCAUUCCCACCUGCCGAUCUUGUCUCGAACACCGACACGCUUAUGUGCGGAAGAACGCCGUCUUCGCGGUCUACUCCAUCUACCGCGAGUUCGAGAAUCUCAUUCCAGACGCGCCUGAGCUCAUGGCGACGUUCCUCGCUGCUGAAUCCGACUCGACUUGCAAACGCAACGCGUUCGUGUUUUUGGCGUCGUGUUCAUUGCCCAAAGCAGUGGAAUACGUUCUGAGCAUCUACGACUCGAUUCCGUCUCUGGAUGAAUCGCUGCAGAUGAGCAUAAUCGAUGUCAUCCGCCAGGAUUGCAAGAAUGAUUCAGGGAACCGAUCCAGGUAUAUCCGGGUGAUGUUCGAACUGCUCAACGUCCAAUCCUCUGCUGUCAAGUAUGAAGCAGCCACUACUUUGACAACACUCUCCCAGAAUCCUGCCGCCGUCAAAGCUGCGGCCUCCUGCCUCAUCAAUAUCAUCGUGAAGCAGUCGGACAACAAUGUCAAGAUCAUCGUCCUUGAUCGGCUGGAUGGUCUCCGCAAACGGCACGGCCAUGUCAUUGACGGAUUGAUCAUGGAUGUUCUGCAGAUACUCUCGAGUGCCGAUAUGGAUGUUCGCCGCAAGGCGAUCAGCAUCAUCUUAAGCAUGACUUCGAGUCGCAAUGUAGAGGAUGUUGUGUUGUUCUUGAAGAAGCAACUCCAACGAACACAGGAUAACAGCUUUGAGAACUCUUCGGAGUACAGGCAACUGUUGAUUCAGUCCAUCCAUGUGACUGCGAUCAAGUUCUCGGAGGUUGCAGCCAGUGUGGUGCAAGCUUUGAUGGAUUUCUUGGGGGACAACAACAACCCCUCGGCUUUGGACGUUGUCGCCUUUGUCCGGGAGGUCGUAGAGAAGUUCCCUCACCUUCGCGCCAGCUGUACAAGCCGUCUCGUGGAAAAGUUGAACGAGAUCAAGUCGCCUAAGGUUUUCCGUGGUGUGCUCUGGAUUCUCGGAGAAUAUCUCGAAUCCGUGGAGGAUAUCCAAUCUGCCAUGCAAGAGAUUCGGAAGGCUGUCGGGGAGAUUCCGAUCGUCGCUUCUGAGCAGAGGAUGCGGGACGAGGCUGCCUCCGGCGAGACCGAGGAACCGUCGAGUCCAAAGGUUGAGACGACAGCGAGCAAGCCUCGUGUUCUUGCCGAUGGGACUUAUGCCACAGAAUCUGCGUACACGGCAGCCCCUGGACAAUCCAAUGUUGCCGCUCGUGCCGACAUGCCGUCCUUACGAGGUGUUCUGUUGACCGGCGACUUCUUCACUGGCGCGAUUUUGGCAGCUGCUUUGACCAAGUUUGUCCUCCGCUUUGACAGAUUAUCUGCCGACAAGGCGACUCUGAAUAUGCUGCGUGCCGAGUGUAUGUUGAUAAUGGCGUCGAUCAUCCGCCUCGGCCAGUCGAAUCUCGUGACUGUGGCUAUUGACGAGGACUCCAGCGAGCGCAUCAUGAACUGCAUCAAGACGCUCAGUGAGCUUGAGAGUGAUUCUGUCGUGCAGCAGAUCUUCCUCGACGAUACCCGGGAUGCAUUCAGUCACAUGCUCGGAGCUCAAGAACGACGGGCGUUGGAGAAGAAGGAGGACGAGACGAGCAAGACCAUCGCAGUGCAGGUCGAUGACUUGCUAUCGUUCCGGCAGUUUUCCAAGAAGUCUGCUGAUGAUGCGAUUGAUUAUGAUCAAGAUGUGGGCCGAGCGACUGCUGGCGAGCAGAAUGAAGACUUUAUGUCGAAUCUCAGCCGUAUCAAGCAGCUGACUGGUUUCUCCGAUCCUAUCUAUGCCGAGGCGCAUGUCAGGAUGCACGGCUUCGAUAUUAUGCUUGACGUCCUCCUGGUGAAUCAAACGGCGAACACACUUCAGAACCUGUGCUUGGACUUUGCUACGCUAGGUGACUUGAAGAUUGUUGAGCGGCCGUCGGUGUAUACGAUUGGCCCGCAUGGUUUCCAAAGCAUCAAGGCGACUAUCAAGGUCUCGUCCACAGAGACUGGGGUGAUCUUUGGCUCCAUUCUCUGGGAGGGCCCGAAUAUGUCUGAGGCUUGUGUGAUCCUGAACGACAUCCACAUCGAUAUCAUGGACUACAUCAAGCCUGCGUACUGCAACGAGGCGCAGUUCCGGAGCAUGUGGACCGAGUUUGAAUGGGAAAACCGCGUCAAUGUGGACAGCUCCAUGUCAAACCCUCGUGACUAUCUGGCGCACGUGAUGAAGUCGACCAACAUGUCGUGUCUGACUCCAGAGGGCGCGACAUCUGGCGAGUGCGACUUUUUGUCAGUGAAUAUGUAUGCUCGCAGCUUGUUCGGCGAAGAUGCGCUGGCGAAUCUGAGUAUUGAACGCACGGCAGCUGGGACGAUCACCGGGCAUGUUCGCAUCCGCAGCAAGACGCAAGGAAUCGCUUUGUCAUUGGGAGAUCGUAUAACCAUGGCGCAAAAGAACAACUCUCCGUUGACGGUAUGAGGCUGGGACUUGUAGUCAUACACUGUUGUCAUUGUCACAUUCGCA